GGUGCCGCGAGGGGCUGGCGGAGCCCGCGGCGGGGAGGGGUCCUGGCCGCCUCCCACCCCGCACCGUCCGGCUGCCCCUCCGCGCCUCCCGCCGGACGCGGCUGCGGGCAGAGGAUCUCGAGUAGCAGGAUGGAAGAACUCUAACUGGUAGAGAGACAGACAACAGGCCCUUUCAGCAUGGAGACAACUCCGGUUGAUGGGGAACUUGAUAGAAAUUCACAACAUGGUGAGAACAGAGAUUCUCAUGGACCAUCAACAGUGGUAACAAGCAGCGAUGAAUCACAGCUUGCAACUCCAGGAAAAAUGAACCAGCAACAGGGGAAAGAAGCCUAUUUUACUCCAACCAAAGAGUUACUCCAACCGUGUCUGAGCCCAGGAACUGCCCAUAGCCAUGGUUUUGACAGAGGAAAGGAUGAUGUGUCACAAAGUAAAGAGGAUGCAGCAUAUUCUAUGUCAAAAAGUAAGUCUGAAUCCAAGCUUUUCAAUGGCUCUGAGAAGGAUGUCUCUUCACCUUCAAGCAAACUCACAAAAAAAGAAUCUCUCAAGGUUCAAAAGAAAAAUUACAGAGAAGAAAAGAAGAGAGCCACAAAAGAAUUACUUAGCACGAUCACGGACCCAUCAGUUAUUGUUAUGGCUGACUGGUUGAAGAUUCGUGGUACCUUGAAAAGCUGGACCAAACUGUGGUGUGUACUGAAACCGGGAGUGUUGCUUAUUUACAAAACUCCCAAAAAUGGCCAGUGGGUAGGAACAGUGCUCCUGAAUGCUUGUGAACUCAUCGAGAGGCCUUCUAAAAAAGACGGCUUUUGUUUCAAACUGUUUCAUCCUUUGGAGCAGUCCAUAUGGGCUAUAAAGGGUCCCAAAGGUGAAGCAGUUGGUUCUAUAACUCAGCCGUUGCCCAGCAGUUAUUUGAUCAUCCGAGCUGCUUCAGAAUCAGAUGGCAGGUGUUGGAUGGAUGCUUUGGAGCUGGCACUGAAAUGUUCAAGUCUGCUUAAACGUACGAUGAUUAGGGAAGGUAAAGAACACGAUUUGAACUCUUCAGCAGACAGUAGUCAUGUCUCUUUCUAUGGUCUGCUUCGCGCUAACAACAUGCACAGUGGAGAAAACCUACCGCUAAAUGACAGUGAAAUUGAAAGGCAUCACUUUAAAGAUCAAGAUACAUACUCUGACAAAUCUGAUAAAGACAAUGACCAUGACCACGAGGAAUCUGAUAAUGAAGGAUUGGGGAAAAGCGAAGAAAGCGACAGCGACACAUCAGAGCGACAGGAUGAUUCUUUUGUCGAUCCAGAACCAAUUGAUAUCAAGGAAACCACUUACUUAGAACAGAGUCAUGAAGAACUUGGGGAGGCAGGGGAGGCUGCUCAGACAGAAGUAGUCUCGGAAGAAAAUAAAAGUUUGAUCUGGACACUAUUAAAGCAAGUCCGGCCAGGAAUGGAUUUGUCCAAGGUUGUACUGCCUACAUUUAUCUUGGAACCUCGCUCUUUCCUGGACAAGCUGUCUGAUUACUACUACCAUGCAGACUUUUUGUCUGAAGCUGCUCUUGAAGAGAAUGCUUACAACCGCAUGAAAAAAGUAGUGAAGUGGUAUUUGUCAGGAUUCUACAAAAAGCCAAAGGGACUAAAAAAGCCGUACAAUCCUAUACUUGGAGAGACUUUCCGCUGCAUGUGGAUUCAUCCAAGGACAAAUAGCAAGACUUUUUAUAUUGCAGAACAGGUAUCACAUCACCCUCCAAUAUCUGCCUUCUAUGUUAGUAACCGCAAGGAUGGUUUUUGCCUUAGUGGUAGCAUUCUGGCCAAAUCAAAGUUCUAUGGGAAUUCAUUAUCUGCCAUACUAGAUGGAGAAGGACGACUAACAUUUCUAAAUAGGGGAGAAGAUUACGUAAUGACAAUGCCAUAUGCUCAUUGUAAAGGAAUUCUCUAUGGCACAAUGACCUUAGAGCUUGGAGGAACAGUCAACAUCACCUGUGAGAAAACUGGCUACAGUGCAACAAUUGAAUUCAAACUCAAGCCUUUUUUGGGUAACAACGACAGUGUUAAUCAAAUAUCAGGGAAAAUUAAGCUUGGCAAAGAAGUUCUGGCUCUUUUAGAGGGUCACUGGGACAGUGAAGUUACUAUUACUGACAAGAAGACAGGUGUUUCAGAGACAUUCUGGAACCCAACAUCUGAUAUCAAGCAGCGCAGAUUACCUAGAUACACAGUGAAAUUUGAAGAGCAAGAUGACUUUGAGUCAGAGAAGCUUUGGCAACAAGUGACAAGAGCAAUAAAUAAUAAAGACCAAACAGAAGCUACUCAGGAGAAAUAUGUUCUGGAAGAAGCUCAAAGAAAGAGUGCCAAAGAGAGGAAACUUAAGGGUGAAGAGUGGACAUGCAAGCUGUUUGAUCAGGAUUCAGUCACUGGAGAAUGGCACUACAAAUAUGCUGAUACCAGACCAUGGGAUCCUUUGAAUGAUAUGAUCCAGUUUGAAAAAGAUGGCACAAUCCAAACAAAAGUUCGACAUCGGACACCAAUGGUUACUGUUCCAAAAAUUAAACGAAAGCCAGCCAGUCAGAAGAAAGGAGAGUGUGGUUUCUCAUCCCCGGAGCCUGAUAACCAGGAUUCCUCUGGGAGUGAAGCACAACUUCUGAAGCAUAAUACAAGAAUAAGGAAAAAAGGGACAGACCUUGGUGAACUGCAGAGUGCCAUUGAAUCUAUAAAGGAAACACAAGAAGACAUUAAGAGGGACAUUAUGGCUCUACGAAAUAGAGUCUCUUCUAAUUCACCACCUGCGGACUACCAUUUCCUGCAGUUUAAGCACUAUGUCUUCAUUUUACUCUUGGUUCUACUACAGCUCAUCAUUAAUUUCUUGUUCAAAUAGGAAGUGUGAACAAGGGCCUUCUCAAACUGGAAUGAUCAAACUCUUACUGGGGACCAUAUUUUAAGCUGGACUUUAAAUGAUGCAAUAUUAUCUAGAAGAACCAUGUAGCAACAACUCACAGAACUUUGCCUCAGCGUUCAUGGUUCAGAAUCAUACUCCUGUCUAUCCAGUUGAAGUAAGAAUUGUGUAAGUGCCAGUACACUCUUGUUCCUGGUGUGUGCCUCUGUCUCGUAGCCAUACGACAUCAGCCUUGUGUUUAUAUUACAUCAUACACUGUAGUGAUCAGUCUUUACCGCAGAACAGAUGAAGAUAAAAAGUCAGAGGUCAGACCCUGUAGGUAGGACGUGAUUCCAGUUAUGGUAGAAUGAUAAACGAGCAUACUUCAUUACAUAUCAACUUAUCAUUUUUUUAACGAAGGAACUUCUGAAGUAGCCAACAGCUUUUGUAAAUGGCGGUUGGGUGUUUGGAAGUAAGCUUUUGUUUAAGGUCAAACAAAUACAUUAUUAUACAAAAAAUCAUGAACAUUAGGAACUGGCUAGUAAAAAGCCAAAGUCUUUAGGAAAUCUGCAACAUAAUGUCCUUGGUUUGUUUUGGAAGUAUGAGGUUUUUAUCUUGAAUCACUAUAGGCUUGUAAACCAGCUGUUUUAUAGUUUUAAAACUUCAGAUUCUUCAUAAAAACAUUCCUUCAUCUACUGUACAGAGCACGUUUUUAACAGUACAGCACCCAGGAAGGUACUGUCUUGGUCUACUCUCUCUCAUGAAUUGCAAAUGUUAAGAUUUUCUGGUAUGUUUAUAAGUCUUGAUAAAUCUACAGCUUUGAAUUUACAUUUGUGUAUGGCCAUGUCAGGGUAAGACUGCUGAUGCCGGAACUCUUGCUUAUUUUUGGAACAAAAUGUGAAGUUGAAGAGGUGUGUUCAGUGUGUAGCUUGAGCUGAACCUCCCAAGAGGCAGAUAAUGUAGAACAGGAUUUGGGUACUGUCAUGAGUUCACUUGCAAAUGAAAGCAUUUACAAGGGGAAAGUUCAGAAAUUUUGCAGUGGCUAACACCACAUACAUCAAAGCAAAUGAGAGGGAAACCCUGAGUAUUUGUGAAAUCCCUCCUUACUGCAAGUAUAUACUACCUGCCAGAAUACAUGAAUGCACCUACUUACUAUACUGUAGCCAUACAAAUUAAUGUGAAGAUUAAGUUUCAAUUCA